AUGGACAACAAGACGCCGCGCAGAAGCUUGAGCAAAUCCAAGAUGAACAAGGCUGCAGCGCAACGAGGCGCCGAGAGCACCAACACCGCAACAGGGUCGAAGACUACGGUCGGUAGACCAGGCUGUCCGCCUGCAGCACAGCAGGGCGUUGACGGCACAGAAGGUGGGAAGGAAGAGGGGGGCGAGCAAGUCACGGAGACGGUCGUGGGAGGAAUGGAAGAGUCAAUAUGUGACAGCGAAGACGACUCAGGUCAGCAGAAUGAGGCGGAUAUGGAAGACUUCAUCAGCGAGGGCAGCGGCCCUGAAGCAACUCAAGAAGUCUUCGAUCCCGCAGCAGUCGUAAUCGAACCGGAAACGCAAUCCUUACCAGACCGUAAGUAUCUCGAAGCACUAAAAGAGAGCUAUCUUGAGCUCAGCCAGGUGAUUUGGAAGGAAGAGCAGCCUGCCAAUCGGCCUGCUCUCAGAGAUGUACCCCCGGAUGCAUGGGACGACGUCGUAAUUGCCAUUCUUGCAACUUUACCAAUGACCUUAUUACUAGAGCUCAUCUCCGGUAACAUUGCCCGCGAGUACUAUAAGAAAAGCGGUAAAGUUUUCGACACGUUGUCAUACUACAAGACACGGGAAGGCCAGCAGCCGUCAAUUUAUGUUCACAUACUCGCCGACGACCGUGGCGAGUCACCAAGCUGCAAGGCACUCGCGGAGAUGAUCGAGUUUCUUCGAGCGUACGUGAAGGGUGACGACGAUCAGCUCGCGUAUGAGAUUGAUCGCGUAAGGAAUAGCCACUGGACGCGUCAAAAGGCCAAAGCCGGGGCCAGGAAUUAUCUCUCGACUGAAGCUUCAAAAAAGAGCCGUCGAAGUGUCAGUCCCUGUCGAGUGGAGACGCUGCACCAGUUUUGCGACAACCUCGAGUCAAGAAUUAACGGAAUUCCCAAGCCGCAAUGGGAGGCGCCCUUGCCCGGCCACCCAUUAUCCGAAGUCGGAUACGCGCUGAACGCGACGAAGCGAUUUCAGCAACACAAGGAUCACACCAACUCCAACUGGUUGAUGAACCUAGUGGAAGCGGUCUGCGCGGCGCGGUUCGAAGGCCGACUCAUAAUGCAUCAGUUCGUGGUUUUUUUCAUCUGGGAUCGACCACAGGCAAUUAUCGGCGAAUGUCUGUUUUCUAAGCUCUGUAAAUCGUAUGUCGAAGACGGGGGUUUCAACUACACCAGCGCUGGAAGCAGUAAUUGGACCAUCCUUCAACUUAAUGACAUAGAGCAAUGGCAUCGAUUUCAAGUCCAUGCCCUCAGCCGUCCCCCAUUACAGGAGAACAUCAAGAACUACCACGACCGUAUGCGUGAGCAGUGGGAAGAACGGGAGAAGGCAAAGGCAGAACUCAUAGCAACGCGCGCUCAGCUAGAACUGCUGGAAGCGCAGCUUGCGGCGUUGGAAGGGGGCUGA